UGGGUCAAGCAGUGUGCAUGCGCAGAACCGUUCGGGCCGCCAUGGCGAUGGAGUUGACUUUCCUGGGCACAGGCUCGGCGUAUCCAUCCCCCAGCCGCGGGGCCUCGGCUGUGGCGCUGCGCUACGAAGGCGAGUGCUGGCUUUUCGAUUGCGGAGAGGGUACUCAGACUCAGUUCAUGCGGAGCCAACUGAAAGCAGGCAAAAUCACAAAGAUUUUCAUUACUCAUCUCCAUGGUGACCAUCUAUUUGGGUUGCCUGGUCUCUUGUGCACCAUGAGUCUCCAAAGUGGUUCUCUGUUAAACAAACAGCCUGUAGAGAUUUAUGGACCUAUUGGAUUAAGGAAAUUUUUGAGGACGAGCAUGGAACUUUCUCACUCACAAUUGGUCUUCCCAUAUGUAGUCCAUGAAUUGGUUCCAACAGACGAUCAGUGUUUCCCUGAGGAAUGGAGGGAGCCCUGUGCGCUGAAAGCGAAUGAUCAACUUCACCCUCAGGAAUUGCAAGGGAAAACAAUUUAUCUUAAUCCUCAGGAAGACUGCUACAAUCUUGUCACUCAAGAACAGUUCAUCAUAAAGGCCUUCAAGCUUUUUCAUCGUAUACCAUCUUUCGGAUUUGUAAUUGAGGAGAGAACACGACCAGGAAGACUUCAGACACAAAAACUGAAAGAGAUGGGUGUUCAACCAGGACCUUUAUAUGGGAAACUAAAAAAUGGACAAACCAUCACUCUAAACAAUGGAGUUACAAUUUGUCCCAUGGAUGUACUGGAAGAUCCCCUUCCAGGUCGGAAAAUAUGUAUUUUGGGGGAUUGCUCACGUGUUGUGGGCGACGUGAGUAAGAACCUUUGCAUUGAUGCUGAUGUGCUGGUACAUGAGGCCACACUAGAUGACAAUCAGUCAGACAAGGCUGAAGAGCAUGGACACUGCACUCCAAAGACUGCUGCAGAGUUUGCAAAAUCAUGUAAAGUUAAACGGCUGGUCCUUACUCACUUCAGUCAAAGGUACAAGCCUACAGCCCUUACGAAUGCAGGCGAUGAUGAUGUAACGGAACUGAAGACACAGGCUAAGCUGGUUUUGGAAGGACAGGAAGUUACACUAGCUGAAGACUUUAUGGUUAUUGAAAUCCCUCUAAACAAGGCUAAGCAACAAAUAAUCUCUGCACAUUAACAAUAUUUCAGAAAGGAUGUAACAUUAAUCUAGCUCCAGAAUCAACAUGUUAAACUUUACAGCAAGACUAAAUUGCAAAUGUGGGUUUUAUAAAUUUACAAUGGAAGCAUAAUUUAUUACUGAAGUGGUCAUCAAUUUUUAAGCUAUAUUCUUAAUUAAGUUGACUGUGGAUCAGAAAUGAAAGUGAUUGUGCUGUCAUAUUUUUCUUGGUUUACAUGGUUUGGAUGUUGUAUGCUUAGAAUCUGUGUGUUGUACCUACUCCUUACUUUCACUGCACUAAGCCUUGUUAAAAUUUAGCUCAUCCUGUACAAAAUUUGGGAUAACUGAUUCAUUGUUUCUUUUUUCAAACAAGCACUCUGUAUGGUGAGAUGAAUUCAAGCGAUUACUAUAGCGAUAGAAGGGUAGGGGUUGGAAUUUAUGAACACUCUUGGCUGCACAAUCAAAUGAAUUUCACACUUUUCUCUCUGGAAAGAUCUAGCCACAGAAGACAAAUUUGGAAUUGCAAGUCAAAAUCUAACAAUUGAAUAUAAUUUUUUUCUAUUACUUUUGAGUGGAUGUCAAUGAAACCUAUCACAGUUCUACAAGUUUAUCCAGUGAAUAUUUGAACCAUACUAAAUGACUGUUCUGUCCUACUUUGUCCCACUAAGGACAUCUAAUUCAGGAUAAUGUUGGGAUGUUUUCAGUGGAUCAGUUUUUGCAGGGGAAAACUUGUGCAUUGUUCCUGCAUCUAACCAAUAACUAGUGACCCAGCAGAAGGUCCCAAUUGUGAUGACUAGGUGAAUGCAGUGUUGUUUGAUAUUGAUUUGUUUUCCUGUUACCCCAUUCUCACUUGGAAGGAGUCUUCCAAAAAAUUUCUUUGAUCAAUAAUAUUCAAAUACCAGCUUGUGUAAUGUGAAGGCAAACUUAACAAUAGUCACAGUUUUAUUCCAAUUUUUUCCCAUUUGCUUGAAGCCUCAAUUGUAUUCCAGAUGCAGUACUGGUCUUCCAAUAGCUUACUUAAAUGACCAUUCCUAAUCUAAAUCUGGAAAAAGAACAUUAUUUACUGUUGCUUAUAAUUACACCCUGUACUAUCUUUAUUAAUAAAGCUAUUCAUACAUCCCAGAAAAAGUAUUAUGUGAUGUCAUGGGUAAUGCCAAACCAAACUGUUGUACAGUGGAGGUGUAGAGUGUAGCUUCUUCGACUUGGUUUCCUGACCUAAUUUGCCAGGAGAAAAAGCAUUCCUGAAGAAGUGUUUGACCAGCAGCACUGAAACUGGUGAAGAGCUUAAGUAGGACUAGCAGAUAAUUUGGGACAAAAUCAAAAAGAGUUAACAUUUCAGGUCCAGUGACCAUCCUCUAGAUAAUUGGGGUGCAGCUUGAGUUCAUCCUGCUGGUUGAAGGAUGGGUGUAGUCUACUAAUAAUGAAUAAAUUUAGCUUAUGUGGAAUGUUGCAUUUUGUUCCAUUGUCCUAAAAAAAAAAAAUCCAAAGUUGAGUUUCAAUUUUGCAGCGAUGCCACAAUUUGAACAAUUACUGCACAUAGCUCACUGAGAUGGUGGUUGACUGAGAAAAUAGUAACUCUGAGCUUGGCAUUUCAAUUUCACAUUUAUGAACUUUUGAAAUGUAUUUUUGCAUUUCAAUUUGUGUGGGGCUCAAAUAUGUUACUUUGUUUUUUUUAAAAACUCCAUGUCUUCAGACAAGAACUACUGCUGCGGGCUUGGCUAACCUUUUCAAUCUACUUUUUAAGUCAUUUGAUGUUGAAUGAGAUGGAGCAUUAAAUCCAGUUUUAUGUUUUUUCUCUUAACACCCUCAACUAUACUUCCAAGCCUUUGGCAUAUGUCUCGCCUCCCUAGAUAUGAUUGACAGUAUGUGGCCAGAGCCUCUGUGGUAUUGCUCCUUUAUGUUGUGAUGUCAUGCUCCCCUUUCUGACAGCUGUUGUGUUUGAUAUUGCUUUUCAAUGAAAUUGUUUUCUCAAUCCUCUAUAUUUUGACUGAACAGAAUGAUGCCCUCAUUUUGCCCUCAUAGUAGCAACAUAGAAACAGGAGUAGGCCAUUCAGCCUCGAGCCUCCUCCACCACUCUGAGAUUAUGGCUAAUCUGUGACCUCCCUCUGUAUGUGCCAAAGGCAGGUAUAUCCCUUUAUACCUUUUACGUAACAGCAAUUUAUCUGUUUCAGACUUAAAUUAACAACUGAUCCAGUAUUCACUGCCAUUUGUGGAAGAGAGUUCCAAACAUCUACCACCCUUUGUGAGUAGAAGUGCUUCCUAUUAUUUUUCCUGAAUGGUCUGUCGCUAAUUCUCAGACUGCCUCCUACUUCUUAAAUCUCCAACUAGUGGAAAUAGUUUAUCUUUAUCCACCCGGUCUUUUCCUGGUAAUAGCUUGAAGACUUUGAUCAGAUCACCCCUUAACCUUCUAAAUUCUAAAGAAAACAUUUGUAUAAUCCCUGAAGUCCAGGCAUCAUUCUUCUAAGCCACCGACCCACUCUCUCUGACCAUGUAUCCCUCCUAAGGUGCCCAGAUUUGCUUGCAGUACUCCAAAUGGUGUCUAACCAGAGUUUUGUAUAACUGCAACGUAAUUUCUCCAUCCUUGUACUCCAGUCUUCUCGGUAUAAAGGCCAGCAUUCCAUUAGCUUUCUUGAUUAUUUUCUGCACCUGUUUUUGACAUUUUACAGAUCUAUCCACCUGAACCCCCAGGUCUUUGGACAUCCACAGUGUUUAAUUCCAUGCCAUCUAGAAAUAUCCUGAUCUAUGCUUUCUCGGUCCAAAAUGGAUAACCUCAUUUAACACCAUCUGCCACAGUUUUGCCCAUUCAUUUAGUCUAGCAAUAUCCCUUUAUACUAGUAUGCUAUCACCUACGCUGUCAGCAAUGCUGCCUAACUGUGUCUUCAGCAAAUUUGGAUAUAUGACUUUAUAUGCCAUUAUCGUAGCCAUUAAUAAAUCAUGGAAAUAAUUGAGACCCUAUCUCAGAUUCUUGAGGGACACUACUGGUCAGAUCCUGCCAAAUUGAGUACCUACCUAUUAUCUACCUUCUGAUGCCUGCCAUCAACCAAUUUGUCAGCCAUGUCAGUAUUUUGCCCUCAAUUCCAUGGGCUUCUUUCUUAGUUAAUAGUCUGUUAGGUGGGAAUAUAUCAAAUGCCUUCUGGAAGUCCAUAUAAACAACAUCCAUACACAUUUUCAUAGGAGCUUAAGUGGGGAGGCGAUGGCCUAGUGAUAUUAUUGCUGGACUAUUAAUCCAGAGACCCAGAUAGUGUUCUGGGGACCCGGGUUCAAA